AUGGAGAUUCCAAGACGAUUUUGUGUAUGCGUCCUAACGCUUUUGGUUAUCUUUCUUCUUUCGCCAACCACCGUUCACUCCAUGAUCCGACAUUACAAAUUCAAUGUGGUGAUGACGAACACCACGAAGCUGUGCUCGUCGAAGCCUAUUGUCACUGUUAAUGGCCAAUUUCCGGGCCCCACCAUUGUUGCAAGAGAAGAUGACACCGUUUUGAUCAAAGUAGUGAAUCACGUCAAAUACAACGUCUCCAUCCAUUGGCACGGUAUAAGGCAAUUGAGGACAGGUUGGGCAGAUGGACCGGCUUACAUAACCCAAUGUCCAAUUCAACCGGGACAAAAUUAUAUUUAUAAUUUUACAUUGACGGGCCAACGAGGAACUCUAUGGUGGCAUGCUCACAUCUUGUGGCUCCGUGCCACGGUGCACGGUGCCAUUGUUAUCUUGCCUAAGCUCGGUGUCACAUACCCUUUCCCCAAGCCUUACAAAGAGAAAACCAUUGUUCUUGGUGAAUGGUGGAAAUCGGACGUGGAACAACUUAUAAACGAUGCUUCAAGAAUUGGAACAGCUCCUAUCGCCUCUGAUGCACAUACCAUCAAUGGUCACUCUGGCCCCAUCUCUAACUGUCCUUCCCAACGUGGUUAUAAUUUACCGGUGAGACCAGGAAAGACAUACAUGCUACGUAUCAUCAACGCAGCGUUAAACGAAGAUCUCUUCUUUAAAAUUGCUGGUCACGAACUAACCGUUGUCGAAGUCGAUGCUGUUUACACCAAACCAUUUAAAACCGACACCGUCCUCAUCGCACCGGGACAGACUACUAACGUUCUCUUAACAGCAAACGCAAACGCUGGUUCCAAAUACAUGGUCGCCGCCACAACGUUUAUGGACGCUCCCAUCUUAUUCGACAACGUCACAGCCACCGCCACUCUCCACUACAUCGGCAACACCACCGUUCCAGCCUCCAAGAAAACAGUCCUCGCAUCGCUUCCGCCGCAAAACGCAACGUGGGUCGCGACCAGAUUCACAAGAUCACUGAGGAGCUUGAACUCCCGCGAGUAUCCGGCUAGGGUUCCAACCACCGUGGAACAUUCUUUGCUCUUCACGGUGGGUCUUGGCGCAAACCCAUGCCGGAGCUGUAUCAACGGUGUUCGUUUAGUUGCCGGAAUAAACAACGUAACGUUUACAAUGCCUAGCACCGCUCUUCUCCAAGCUCAUUUCUUCAACAUUCCUCACGUAUUUACCGACGACUUUCCGGCGAGACCGUUGAAUCCGUAUAAUUAUACUGCACCAGUUACGCAGAGCGUCAAUGCAGCGACGAUGAAAGGUACAAAGCUUUACCGGCUUCCGUACAACGCGACGGUGCAAGUUGUGUUGCAGAACACAGCGAUGGUCUUGUCUGAUAACCAUCCGAUUCAUCUUCACGGGUUCAUUUUUGAGGUUGGUAGAGGUUUGGGAGAUUUUGACCCGGAAAAGGAUCCGAAAGUGUUCAACUUGGUGGAUCCGGUAGAGAGAAAUACCGUUGGAGUUCCAGCCGGUGGUUGGACCGCCAUUAGAUUCCUCGCCGAUAAUCCAGGGGUAUGGUUCAUGCAUUGUCACUUGGAAAUCCAUACAAGUUGGGGAUUAAAGAUGGCAUUCGUCGUCGACAACGGUCACGGCCCUGACCAGUCACUGCUUCCUCCACCCGCCGAUCUUCCCAAAUGUUAG